AGAUCUGAGACCGGCGAGGUCGGCCUGCUGUCUGCUUCGUGUUUUGUUUACAAUUUGCACUCAUUGAAAAGCAACAGUUUUAGGUGAUUUCUGAUCCGAGGACUCUGGAUAGAAAGACUUUUGUCCUUUCAAUCGUUCCUCUCGAGAUUGUAACACCAUCCCAAAAUAAAAAUAAAAUGCAAAGUCAAAAGAGGCACUUGGAGGAUCAAGAUCCCGACUAUGAAAUUCACGAGCCAGACUCCUAUCAAAGCAAAAGACAGAAAAUGGGAAACGAUGAUGGCCAAGAUUAUUGCGAAAGGAUUAGAAAAGUAAUACAAAACCAAUUUGAGCUUGAGAUUGACAAAAGGGAAGAACAGGUCAUGGAGUGUCAGGAUCGUUUGUUCAAAGCAAGGCAGAAUUUGCGGCUUCUGCGUUACGCCAUCACAGCCUCUUACUACAAAGCGCAGCCUGCCAAGGACCAAAGUAGGAUUCAUCCUGCCGUCAAGAAGUUACUUGGCUCAAGGAAAACUGAAGAAGUCUUAAUAGACAUAGACGUCCCCGAGUCGUUGAGGACCAAAGAGAGCACUUCUGGAGAACAAAAAACAAAAGCCGAGGUUGUACUUUCAAAAACACCCUGCUACAAAGCUCCGAUAGAAAAGCCAGGCAGCCUGCACAGGGUUCCUUCAAGUGGAAGGUCACUCCAGGGCAAAGUCAAGAGAAGCAUUGUUGUGGGCAACGUUUCCAAAUGGAUACCACCCGACUUCAGGGAUGACGAUUCGACACACAAGUGGAUGAUCUACGUCCGAGGGCCACCUGAUGUGCCGGAUGUUUCAAAUGUUGUCGAAAGAGUCAGAUUUUUUCUGCACUCAAGUUAUAAGCCUCACGACGUUAUAGAAAUAAAAGAAGCGCCAUUCCAUUUGUCUAGAAGAGGCUGGGGCGAAUUUCCUGUGCGAGUACAAAUACAUUUUUCUGGACCCCAAAAUAGACCCAUCGAUGUUAUCCAUCAGCUAGCCUUGGACAAAACAUACUCAGGACUGCAAACUUUAGGAGGAGAAACGCUGGUAGACGUUUGGCUUGUUGAAGGAGUGCCAAUGACUGAAAAGCAACUUCCAGCCCUGGAGAAACCUUCUCCAGUGAAGUCCGAACCUGAAUCAGUCCAUGAAGAUCCUAUUGCCUCAGUCAAUGUAGAAUCAAAUCCCGUCACUGCUGAGUCUUGCCCACCAGCUGCUCCCAUUUCUCCACCAAAGCUAAAAUUGGUGGAGGCUGUGAGAAAGGAUGGUGUCCCGCAACAAGUCAUCAUUCCAAGUUUGUCUAAAAGCACAUUUACCCUUCCUAGUGCAAACAGCAGAACGGUCGUGCAAAAAAUCGUAUCGGUGAGAAAAAUCGGCCAACCAACAACGAGACCUGGCGUUGUCAUGCCAAAGGGAACAUUGUCUCUAAUGAAACCGGUGGUGCUGAAAUCUGAGGCUGGCGCCAAACGAGUGAUUUUUCUCAAGAUGAACGGCAACGGAAAAUUGAUCCCUGUGAUUGCCCCAGCCAUUCACCAAAAUGUGGCCAAAGUUCAAAAUCAUCAAGCCAAGGCUGUGCUGCCCAAAAUUUGCACCCCAGGCGGUACAGUGAGGACUGUGGUGGCAGCGCCCAGCCAAUUUGUAUCAGAAGAUAAGAAAAAUUUUGAGGAACAGUAUCGGAGAUUAAGUGUUAAGUUUUCAGAGUCCAUUGACGUGACAACAUUUUCUUUAUUAAAAAAUCUACCUCUUAUUGAUGAAAAAUAUUUUAACAAUCAAGACUACGUGCGAUUGCAUCCCUACAUCAUUCCAAGCGAAAAAGCAUUUUUGGCUAUGGCUUUAGGAAAACAAAGAGCACAUGAGCUAUUGAGAGCAAAAGAAAUUUGCCGGUGCCUUGAGAAGCAUGGAUUUGAAUCAAAAAAUGCAUGGAAGGUUGUGCAGCUCUCACGAGCAUAUGGCUUCACUCCAAAGACUAACUGUAGUAGAAAUGCAAUCGACAAAUCAGUGCCUUCAAAAGUUUAUACAAAUCGCUAUUCUGAGGAUUCAGAUGUCAUCAAUUGGCUCACUUCCAACAGUAACAAUCCUAAAGAGCGUGACCAAGAAGAAGUUAUUGACAUUGAAAGCAUAAGCCCCUCCAAAUCAAAAACAGGAAAUUUAAAUAAAGGGGCAAGCCAGUUGGUAACAGAGCAAUGUCCAGAAGGAAAUUUUAUUCAGUCAGUGGCAAAGAAAAUUGGAAUUAGCUUCGUUGAUGAAGACACUAAUAAAAACGAUGGUGAAGCUGAGCUAGUUUUGUAUCAGGGCGUUUUACAACUGAUGGAAGAACUGUUGAGGCGGUCGUAUUUGGAAUCGAGCAAAAGGGGUGACAGCAAUUCCAUAACUUUGACUGACGUUCAUGGGGCACUUCAACAGAGAAAAGAAUUUGACGUAUUUCGCAAUGAUGGUCUUGGCACCGAACUUGAGAAGUGAUUAUUAGUCUGCACAGAAUGUAUUCACACAAGCAAGCACGAUUUGAGAUUCUCCAGUGAUGACCAAACGAAAUCAAAAUAAAUCAUUUUUUAAUUUUAAA